AUGGCUCACAAGUUCACUAAUCCGCUCGAGAGGCUCAGCGAUCCUCGGAGUCUCGAAGACGUGUCCAGACUCAUAGCUGGAAAUCAGAAGGGCCUUGAGGUCACAAAUCAGUUCUACUAUAAGGAGAUACUGAUUCUAGAGGUUGUCUCGGAAUCUGAUUCUCGACUAAAAAAGAGCAACAAGAACAAGAACGAAAGUAUAUCGAGGGUAAUACGCCGCCGAAUCUUAAUUCUCGGUCAUACUGUCGACAGCGACGAUCUAGUGGCUCUCCAGGUCAAGCACAAAAACAUCUCCUGGGUUAGCCAUGGUCUUCAAUUUGGCUCCGAGAAACGUUUGAAGAAGCAUAUCCACCAUCCAGCAGUUGCUUGGUGCAAAGGUCUUGCCAUGGUCCACACAGGAAGCAGCUUUGCACACGCGAAGACAAAUAUUCACCGAAUGGAGCAAGUCACGGAGCUAAUGCAGCUUGUGUGCGACAAUUCUGUGGAAUGGCGUGAGCUGGAUCUUCAUGCUCUGGAAGCCAAGAUUGACACUUUCGAGCAAUACCUCGAUCCCGAGUUGUGCCUUGAAAAUUCGGCGCAGGACCAAGAAAGCGAAACUCCCACAAACACCGCUUCGCCCACAUCUGGGUCAUCUGAUGAGAUGUAUGGGACUACUGAAGGCAGGAUAUCCGCUACUGAUACGCAACUUCAUAUCGAUCAACAGUAUAAGGACGAACACAAUCCUGCUCUCACGGAUCAUCUGGAUGGAACGAAGGAAUAUACACCUCUUGAUUUGUCUACAACAAGUACUGGAAGCAAUGUUGGUUCGCAGAUACGCCAUAACGGACAAAAGAGGUCCCAUGACAUUGCUUUCAGUACAAAUGCUCAGAGGAUGUCUCCUGCCACAACGGAACCCAGUGACCCAGAGAGAAGAGUUCAAGACCCGGACCGACUCUGGGAGCAAAUCGAGACAGACGUGGGAAUACUGGCGGAAGUCUACCAAAAGUUCGCUAUGAUCACUGUCAAGAGCGUGAACGACCCAGUAGGCCCUCGCCGCCUCAAGGUACUGGAUAUGGCGAGCCUGAAAAAGCCGACUUCAUACCCUGGGUGUGUUGAACGAUUCAUGACUGCAAUUAGCGCAACGGCCCUACAUAAUUGCUUUGAUGGUGCGCUUGAUGCCAUCGAUUACGAGAUUGCCGACAAUGUUUGCAAGGCAAGCAGGGUGCUCAUGGAUCAUUGCCGCCAAAUUCAAAUUGCCGAUACUCGAGGCGAUGGUCCAUCACCAAACGGAGCCCAGAAGCGUGCUUGCAAGAAUUUUAUGGAAGAUGCUAGGAGAUAUCUGCAGAUGUGGCAAUUUGAGCAGUUCAUACAACGCGCUGCUGCCGAUGGAGUGGUCACUAUCACCGUGGAUGUGGUCAUGCAGUACAUGCAAGCUGCUCAGUCAAGUAGGGCAACCGACAAACUUCAGAAUUUCUUGGUUCAAGUCAACCGCAUGACCAGAGCAUUGGGAUCAGCAAUGGACGAGCUGGAGGAAUUACAGAGAUAG